ACAAGGUCAAGCCCUGUACGACGCUUUAGUUGUCGAACUCCGUCGUUGGCUGGCGGAGGAGCGCACUACCACUGCGAUCGGUGCCGGUGGCAGGGAUGCAGCUGGUGGGGACCAGAACACUGCAAGGAGUGACCAGAAUGCAAGUGCAUCUUCAUCUUCCAGCUCAUCAUUUUCGCCAUUAGGCGGGGUGAACACUUCAUCGGGGAUUGGCCAAGCAAGUGGAAUUUUAUUUUCAGCGACGGAUGGAGC